AUGAGAUGUUUUUUUGUUAUAAAUGGUACUCUGCAAUUUGCGGUUGAUGGUAAACAAUUUUGCCUUGAAUUUUGCGCCAGAGCCGGUAUUAGUGUUUACAUUUCACGUAGUGUAACACAAUUCGUUCGAAAUAUUAAUUCUAAACCAGCUUUCUUUCAAAUAUUAUUUGCACCGUCAGGUAGAGAAAAAUUCUUAGAAACAGUUUCUAUUAUUAAUGAUAAUUCACCAAUCAAUUCUACACAAGCAAAUCUACUUGCUUUAAAUCAUGGACAAGUUAAUUUAGGUGAAGUAUCAAAAUGCUAA